AUCUCAUCUGCCAUUAUUUCUGCUUUGAAUGAUUUGGAGCGUCAGCCAACCAAAGGCAAAAACAGGAAAAGGAAAGGCUAAGGCAAGCGCAGCCUUCUUUCGAGUCGAGAAACAGUUGCACGGUGGUAUCAUAGAAGAACAGGAGGACAUUAUCGCCGGAGUGAAAUGUCAAACGUUGUCACAUAUUUACAUAUAUUGCUCUCCGGGACGCUAAAAGCCAACUGAUAAUUUGAUUUCAGAUUCCGAAUCCUCAAAUCCUUUUGUUUUGUUUCGCUUCAGACGUUGUCAAGGUUGAAGGCCGCCUCAUGUUUACAAUAUACGAUACGCUUGCCUCUCUCUAUCUCUCUCAUCAAUCCUCCAUACCACCACAUGACUCUCCGCAGAAUUCUUAAGAACGAGAUCCGUAUCCAGCAUAUGGCUGAUCAUUCAACUGGUAGUCUGUUUUGCAGGUCUUGGUAUUUCUUUGUAUUCAUUAGUAGAAGAACUGGAUUUGACCAGGUUCCUUUGGUCUUCAAAUCAAUUGUUACUUUGUGAUUGGUCGCAUUGUACCUGGGAAAUGAAAAAGUAACUGUUUGAGGGUUUUUAGUUGAUUAAAUAAACUAAUACCCAAUUCCUCUAUGGAAAUAAGUAGCGUAGCAGAUUCUUGGCAUUGAGAUGUGACUUCUUUUGAGGGGAAAAAGAAGGAAAAAAAUUUCUACUCAGAAAUGUAGACUGUAUGUGACCGUUUUAGAUGUUCUAAACUAGUUGAAACUUAGACUUUGACUGCUUGUUGUUUCCUUGUAAUCCCCAUAUAUCUCCUGUUUCUCACCUCAACAAAGCCUAAGAUUGUUAUCUCAUCUUAAUUUUUAAAAUUUUCAUCCUAAAAAAAUCAUCCCGCAGAAUUGUGCCAUAUUGAAAGUUGUCAAUUUCACUAGUGGAUGAGGUUGGGUUGCCAUCAUCUAAGACCAUGAAUCGCAAUGGUAUCAUAUCUGCCAAACAAAGCAAGGCUAGCAGUGGAGUCACACAGUCAUAUCAUGAUACCCUUUCCCCAGUGCAUCGUUUUUCGACCGCGGAAUCAGAAGUCAAAAGUUUAUUGGCUAGUGAAUGUUCAUCUUCACGUCCAUCGCCUUUCAUACGAACCGAAUCUCUUAGUUCUACUCCUGGCCAAGCAUCUCAAAAGUAUUAUUUAGAAUCUGGACCAAGUAGUCCUCUGUCUCCUGGUUCUCAUGUCCAAAAUUCUAAGAGCACAUUUUCACGGUCAUCCUUGUUCUGUACCAGUUUAUACCAGUCUUCUUCGUCAAGUUCUGAAACCCAUCGGCAGCUUGGGAAUCUGCCGUUUCUUCCACAUCCUCCAUCCUACAACCAGUCCAUUUCUGCUGUGGAUUCAACAAAAGCUCCCUUGCUGUUCAGUGGGGAUAUAGAAAAUCAAUAUGAUUUGGAGCAUUCAGAGGCUCUUAUGAAAGAAUUUCUUAAUCUGCCUGGAGAUGCUUCUGAUGGUAGCCUUCGUGGGGUAAACUGCACAAGUGAUGUUCUAGAAAUUACAGAGCAACUGGAUCUGCAAUUUUUGUCUGAUGAACUUGACAUAGCUAUCACUGACCAUGGAGAAAAUCCCAGGCUUGAUGAAAUUUAUGAAACACCACAGGCUUCAUCAAAACCAGCCAUGGGUUUGACAUGCAGUCAGAGUUGUUGCUCCAUGGUGCCAACUCCCGAUGAUGUUUCAAGUCAGCCAUCUCCUGGGUCAGCCACUGCACACAAGCCAAGAAUGAGAUGGACGCCUGAGCUCCAUGAGUGUUUUGUGGAGGCCGUCAAAAAGCUCGAUGGGGCUGAAAAGGCUACUCCAAAGGGUGUAUUAAAGCUUAUGAAUGUUGAAGGUCUGACCAUCUAUCAUGUGAAAAGCCACUUACAGAAAUACCGCCUCGCAAAGUAUAUGCCAGAGAAAAAAGAAGAGAGGAAAGCUUUUAGCUCAGAAGAAAAGAAAGAAUCUUCAACCAGCAAUGAAAGUGAUGGACGUAGGAAGGGGAGCAUUCAAAUCACUGAGGCUUUGCGCAUGCAAAUGGAAGUUCAGAAACAGCUGCAUGAACAGCUUGAGGUCCAACGGGCACUUCAGUUACGCAUAGAGGAACAUGCAAGGUACUUGCAAAAGAUCUUGGACGAACAACAGAAAGCUGGCAUUACCUGGGUUUCUCCCCAAAACUUGUCAUCAAAGACUGAUCCAUGCCAUGGUCCUGAACUGCGGCCAUCUUCUUCGUCACCCCCACAUGCUGCUGAAUCCAAAACUGAGGCAUCUUCACCUCUAGCAUCCAAGCAUAAAGCUACAGAUAUCAGUGAUUCAAAUUCACAACUAUGCUCUAAAAGGAUCCGUCUGGAAGAGAAAGAAGAAUCAGGUCCAGAUAGGACCGCAGUUGGAGAUGCUGUGCAUUGACUACAUCAGUUCCACUGCUUGCUGUCUCCAUUAUUUUGAGUCGUCCCUAGAAUGAUUCAGCUUCUGUGAGUCUGUGAAUCCCAUGUAAAACUUGUAACCGAAUCAAUAUUCGGUUGAUUUGUAUGUCUCGACAUUUUUAGUAUUUUGAAAUUAGGAAGAGAAAUUCAGUUCCUUUGGUUGAAAGUUGAAUUAGGACAUUGUGUUCACUUUUGAAGCGGCAUUUCAAAUUUCGAUCUUUCAGCUGAA